GAUUUUGAAUCUAAUUUACGUGUAUUUUAUAAUGCCGUUUUUCAACCGCCUUCACCAGUCGAAGGAGGCGAAGAAGAAGUUUGACGACCUGUUCACGCACUACCAGAGAGACCUGGACACAAUCAACUGCUGGAACUUCUCCAGUUGUGAGAUGACUGAAAUCCCAGUUGAGGUGAUCGAGUGGGCGGACAUGUUAAACAAAAAGGGACUCAUUUUUUCACACAACUUUCUGCACAAAUUGAGCGAAAAACUUUUCGUCGAAAAUCUAGCACGACUUCUAUUGCUAGACUUAUCAAAUAAUGGUCUGAAAUCAAUUUGUAAUAACAUGUGUAAUUUGAAAAGCCUAAUGGAGCUUGAUUUAUCCUGUAAUAAAUUAGACUGGCUACCAGAUUUAUCGAAUAUGAGAAGUCUUCAAGUUUUAUCUAUCAAAGACAACCGUUUUAUGACUCUGCCUGAAACGAUACCAAAUUUGAAGAGUCUAAGAAAAUUGGAUAUUUCGCAGAAUAAUAUCAUUGAAUUACCCAAAACGUUCGCGCAACUCCUGAGACUGAAAACUUUCGAAUACGACAAAAACCCUAUCGAAUCAAAGCUGAGAAUGAAGAGCAUACAGGAAAUAAUGAUGUCUCUGAAUCCGUUCACUGAGUAUGUAUACCACGAGUGUCUGCCGGAUGACUUCGACAGGAAGUUGCUGGAUGAUUCUCUGUAUGUGAAACGAGUGUCGGAAAGAAGUGCAAGUGAUGUGCAGGCCUCAGAUGUUGAGAAUUUGAUCAAGAAACAACUGCAAGAGGAGGAUGAACUGAUUCUGCGCCACUUGGAACAACAGAAGAUGGAGGAGUUGAUCUUAAUUCAAACUCUGACGGAGAUGGAAAAACUUAAACAGGAGGAACUGGCAGCAGUGAGCCUGGAAAUGGACGAGCAGAGGAACCAGUGGGUGUCCUCUCUGCUCCAACUAGAAGAACAGACAAGGAGGGCGAACGAGGAGUUGAUCAUGAUGCAUGAGAGGUUGAACAGAGUGGACCACUCUCUGGUGGCUAAUAAAGACAUAAGGGACAGACAGGAGAAGCUAGCUGCUGUGCAAGCAGAGGAAUACGCAGCCCUUCAUGACGAAUAUAUCAAAAAGAGUAUGGAGCGACAGCUGAAAGAGAUGCUGCAAUUGGAGCAGAAGGCGAAGGAUCUCGACAUCAAAAGGGAUUACCACAGUCGCAAAAUACUCAGGGAUAUCUACAACGACGAGCGAAUAUUGGGAGAACUGUUGGAGCAGACGGAGCACGAGAGAGACCAGUUGGUGGGAGACUACAUUCAGAGUGAGAAAGUGCAGAAGCAACUGGUGCACGAUGCACUAGUACAGCAGGAUGCAAAGAGGAAUCAACUCAUCCAACAGGUUGAGAUGAUAGAGCAGCAGUUGGUGCAUAUGACGAUGUUGGAGAUGAAGAGAAGGGAUGUGGAGAGUGAGGAAGAUCAGCAGAUGGCCCUCAAGGCCGACAGGCAGAAACUGUCGCAGUUGUGGGCCAAAGUGCAGGAUGAGAAAAUGGAGCGUGAGAAGGAGCUGUAUGAUCUGCUACUCAAGAUGGAGGAACAGAAGCAAGAAGAGAGUGAUCAGUACUGGCUAGUUCAAUACCAGAGACUCCUAAGCACCAAGCCAGUCUCAAUCGCAUCCAAGGAGUUCGAUCUGGACAUAAAUGUGAUCAAGUUUCUGAACAAGUGUGGUGCAUCUCACUACGUGCCUCUAUUCGCCAAACACAGAAUGACCCACGAAGCUCUGCUCACUCUCACAGAUGAGAAUCUCCGAUUGAUGGGCAUGAGCGAAAUAGGUCUGCGGGCCACUAUCCUUUCAGCAGUCAGCGAAUUGAAAAAUUCUAGAAAGUUCUCCCUCGACUCCUCGAACAAAAUCAAUCUCGACGACCAAGAGGAUUUGAACAAAAAGAAAUCUCGUUCCGAUACGAAACAGAAAGAAAACCAGAAUGUUCCGGCUUUGAAUGUAAAUGGCAACGAUGCGAAUGCGAACAACCAAUUUCCGACCUCGAUUCGGCUGGAAAACGAGUGUUGUGUCUGCAUGGAACGAAGCGCUGACUUGGUUUUUUUCCCCUGUGGUCACGUGUGCUGCUGUUCAGUUUGCGGAGUGCAAACAACGGAAUGCCCGCUUUGCAGAAUUACUAUUUCGAAUACAGUGUUUCUGCAGUUUGCUGCUUCUGAUGUUUGAAAUUUUUUCUUGUUAUAGUAAUAUUUCUCAAAAAGUGCGCGCGUUUGUUCCAAUAUUUAAAACUUUAACUAAA